ACUUCAAGUGAAGAAAUGUGUGAUCCACAUGAAAACAACAGCGCUAAGAUUGUCCAUGAGUCAGUUCCACUGAAGGACACACAAGAACCAGGCGAGUUAUCAGGUGAACUUAAAAGCAUCAGUGAAAUCAAAGAAAAUUUAUUCAAUGCGACUCCAACUUGCAGUGAUGGUGGUGCUGAAAACUUAGAAGCUCAAUCUGAUCACCCAAGUACGCAUACAACAGAUCUGAACUUGUCCUCAACGUCUCUAGGUUUUUCUGUUCAUGAACCUGUCGAAAAUGAAGACAGAGGGAACAAUACGAUCGAUCCCCAGAAGGAAAGAACUAACCUCUCUCGUGCAUUGUCACAGAGUUCGGGAUAUUCCGGCUCUGUUGAGAGUGAGUGUCAUUUCCAUGGCGAAAAUCCAGCUCCUCAUGACGCAUUAGUAAUGCGACAAGCUUUUAUCCAAAGGACGUCCAGCGGAAGUUUAAGCAGUAGCCUCACAACUGAAGAAAUGAGACGCCUCUAUGACAAGGAACUUUACAUAUCUGGAUGUGAUAAGUGCAGGUUGCUAAGAGGAACGUGUCCUUCUAAAGAAUCAAUUGACUUCUGGGAUGACGUUGACAUGUCCGGAGGUGACGAUAAAAUCAAAUGCCAUAGUAAGUUCUGGAGUUAUUUUAUUGCAAAGCUAAAAGAAAAAUUCCCAGAAGAAAGCGGUUUAAACAGUAAACAGACAGUUAAUUUACUGAAGACGUUGUUGAACGUGCAAAAUACAGAUGAUGGAGAAAUUACACUCUCGAACUUUGUUAAAAUAGUUCGAUUCUUUGGUCCAUUUAAAAAAGAUGACAAAAACUGUGUUAUAAUCCAUCAUAUGAGCGAUAUAGUUAAAAGAUCCCUCGUAAAAUCAGCAAGAGACAAGAAGAAAAUAAGUUGGUUUGCUGGUGACAUGACUCGAGAGGAUGCAGAGAAAAUUCUGGAGAAACAGAAAAACAACACCUACCUUGUAAGAAUGAGCCAGAGUGGGUCAGAGGAUGGGAAUUUUGUGGUUUCUGUAAAGGAUGAAAAUGGAGUACAUCAUUUUGAAAUUGAAGGAAACCCUGAGGCCUCAAGUAAAAGCGCUUCUUUGAAUUGUAACCUGAAGUUUUUGGGUAAAACAUAUGAAACUUUACCAGGCGUGAUUGAAGACUUAAAAUACCAUGGUCUAAAAGAUGAAGGCGAUGAAGAAGAAGUUCAAUGCACCUUCAUAUGCCCUGACUUACCAUUUAACACGGUUAUAACACCUUAUAAACGUGCAUAGUUCAGCCUACAGCCCUAUAGAUAGCUUUCGUAUGUCGCAUUUUCCCUCCGCGUUAUUCCUCUUGAC